AUGUAUGAAAUAUAUAUUAAUAUAUCAACUGGUCGACGUGCGCAACCUAAACGUUUGCCUAAACUUCUUAUAACUGUAGCUGACGAAAUCCUUCAAUAUCUAGAACAGUUCAAUUAUAUACCAAAACAAACUGGAGCAUCAGCUAUGCUUAGCAGUACAGUGAUUGAAGAGGCACUGAAAAGGUUACAGCGAUAUGGUAGAAUACCUGCGACUGGACAGUUGGAUUCAGAAACAAUAAAACUGAUGGCACGUAAAAGUUGGCGCUGUAAAUGUUGCUGUAGGUGUGGACUUGGAGACCAGCAACCACAUCGGCAUCGAAGGCAUAAAAAACGUUUUGCUCUGGGUUCCGUGUGGCACAAAAACUUCUUAACAUACAGGUCAGUGACCCUGUGUUCUGCUCAACAUUUUUUCUGUUACUCUAGUAUUCUAUUUUUAAAUUUACUUUACAUAAUUUGAUA